CUUGUAUCUGUGUUCUUUGUAACGAUUCCUUAGUGAACAUCUCAGGUUGAUUUGAAAUUGUUCUAUCUGCUGCGUAUUUUCUUAUUUAAAUUUGUAACUCAUAUAAUUUUAUCAGCUAUUUUGCAUACCCUAUUAUGUUUGCUAUUUCGUGAUUAGUCUUAUAAUUUCUUACUCAAAUUAAAACAUUUCCUCUAUAAUUUUCAUGUUUUGCACUAUACCAAAAUGAACACCCGGCCUCGUUUUUUGAAACCUUCUGAUGAUGGGGGUUGGCAGGAAGAUAAAACUGAUGUUGAUACUGAAAAAAAUACAACAUUCAUCUUCAAUAGCAAUUUAUCUUUAGUCUUAGAACAGCAAAGAGUGAGGUUACCCAUUUAUAAAAAUAGAAAUCAUAUUCUUUAUCUUAUCAAGAAAUACCAAGUUCUUGUCUUGGUUGGAGAAACUGGUUGUGGCAAAAGUACUCAACUUCCUCAGUACCUUUUGGAAGCUGGAUGGUGUGAUGGAGGGAAAAUAAUUGGUAUAACAGAACCCAGAAGAGUAGCAGCAACAACGUUAGCCACGAGAGUAGCCGAGGAAAAAGGAUCUCUCCUUGGAGAUGUUGUUGGAUAUUCUAUACGUUUUGAUGAUUGUACUGAUCCAGAAACAACAAAGAUAAAGUACAUGACUGAAGGGAUGUUGAUGCGAGAGAUGAUGGCUGACCCUUUGUUGAGAAAGUACUCUGUGAUCAUGCUAGAUGAAGUCCAUGAAAGGAAUCUCAACACUGAUAUAUUGAUGGGAUUAUUGAAAAAAAUAUUAAAGAAACAAAAAAAUCUAAAAUUAGUCAUUGCUUCAGCUACAGUUGAUGCAGAAAAUCUUCGAAAUUUCUUCAAUUUUAACACAACUAGAGUUGGCGACAAAGACACUGCAACCAUCUUAAGUGUGGAAGGUAGAUUAUAUCCUGUUGAAAAAUUUUAUGUUAGAGAACCUGUAGCUGAUUAUGUUAAAGGUUUGGUAGAUACAGUUAUGAAGAUUCAUACCAGUGAACCUUUAGGUGAUAUUUUAGGUUUUCUUACUGGUCAAGAUGAAGUAGACACUGCUGUAUCUCUCUUACAAGAUAUGGGGCAACCUCUCGAACAGUUUAAAUUAUAUGUUCUGCCAAUGUAUGGAUCAUUACCCAAUUCUGAACAAAUUAAAGUUUUUCGGCAUGCACCAAAGGGAAUGAGGAAAGCUGUGAUUGCUACUAAUAUUGCAGAGACUUCAGUAACUAUUCCUGGCGUUGUUUAUGUUGUGGACAAUGGUUUUAUGAAACUGAGGUGGUUCAAUGCUGAUUCUCAUACAGAUAGUUUGGUAAUAGUUCCAAUUUCACAAGCAGCGGCUGAACAAAGAGCAGGCAGGGCUGGUAGGGUUAAACCAGGCAAAGUAUAUAGACUCUAUACUGAAGCAGAAUAUGAAAAGUUACCUGCUGAUAACGGUGGUGAAAUGGAACGCUGUGAGUUGAGUAGAGCUGUACUCCAGCUGAAAGCAUUGGGUGUUGAAAAUGUAGCUCGGUUUGAUUUCCCUAGCCCUCCGCCACCUAGAAACCUGCUUGCUGCCCUGGAAUUGCUUCAUGCGGCUGGUGCUAUUGAUUCAAAUUGUCAUCUCACACACCCUCUCGGCUUUAGAAUGGCUGAAUUUCCUUUGGGACCUCUACAUGCCAAAGCUUUACUGGCCUCAGAUGAAUUUCAUUGCUCACAGGAAAUAUCAAGCAUUCUAGCUCUUCUUCAGGUAGAAAAUAUUUUUACUGUUGUCACUAGUGGAGCAUUAUCAAUGAAAGCUAGAAUAAAACGAAGACAGUUUGAAGUUGUUGAAGGAGAUUUAUUGACAGCUUUAAAUGUGUAUACUGCUUUUCUUGGAGUGAAAGAAGAGGAAAGGAAAGGUUGGUGUUAUACCAACUUCGUCAACUAUAAGGCAAUGAAAAGAGUAACUCAGAUUCUAAUACAGCUUGGAAUUCUAAUGAAGCACUUUAAUCUUUCAUUAGUUUCUUCAAAAGGGAAUACUGAAAACGUCUUAAAGUGUAUUACAGCAGGAUUUUUUCCAAAUGCUGCUUACCUUCAUCCAUCUGGGGUUUAUAAAACUAUUCGAGGAAAUCAAGAUCUCUUCAUUCAUCCGUCAUCAGUGCUUUACACCCUACAACAACCUCAGUGGAUAGUGUAUUGUGAAACCCUACAUACCCAAAAGAUGUAUAUGAGGGAUCUUACAGUUGUGAAACCUGAAUGGCUUCAUGAUCUCGCACCACAUUUUUAUCAUAAGAGAGUUGAGAGAUAAGGAAAGCUAUAAUUACUAACUUAGUGUAUUUUUAUUAAUUCAGACCAAUUUUAACUCCAGCUUAUUGGCUGGUAACGAGUAGUUAUUUAAAAAAUCUUGCAUUGUUUUAUUACAUUUAAUAGAAUGAAUGUUAAUGUACAUAUUUUCUUCAUUAAAUACUUCGCACGUUGUUUCGGUCACUAAAAUAUUUUAUUAGUAAUUAAUAGAAGUGUUUUUGAUUAGAAGUUUAAUUUAUUGUAUUAAGAUACAAUUCAUUGAUCUUCUAAUAAUGAAACAUUCAUAGAAGUAUUACAAAGUAACAUCUAAUAACUUUAAAUCAAGAAUAUUUUAUUAUUUAGAAUAAUUUAAUUUAGUAGGUUGGUGACGCCAUAUUUUGUUUUCAAUGGUAUAAGGAUUCAACCUAGCGACAAGUUUGAGUUCCUUCUUUUAUUUAUGCCUAUGUUACCAUGGAAACAAAAUUAUACAUUACUUACAUUAAGUAAGAAACCUUUCAGUGAAGGAUUCUUGUGUAGUCAUGCUUAUAAAGCAGGAAAAUGUUAUUGUCAUUAACUUAAUAGAAUAUAAAUAUUCACAUUUCUUUAAUAUAUCUAUUUUUAGACUAUG